AUGCCAGAUCUCCUCUCCAGGCGAAGAAUGAUGCCCCAGCCCACCCUUGCAAGAUCAGAUCUCCUCCGUGUGCCAGAGAACCGAACUUCCCAGUACUUCAACAACAACAACCCCGCCAAAUUGUCCAACCUUUUCUUCCUGUGUUCUGAGGUCCUUGCGGACUCCCCGACGCUCCUGUGGUCCCGAAUUGACCGCCCGAUCGAGCUUGCACAAGUCGACGUCCUUGACCGAACCUUCUCCGAUAUACCACACCGAUUCAAAAACAUGGCACCGCAAGCAGGCCAAACCAAAACCAAGACCGUCAGCGCUGGGUUUAACCUCCCACCUGCUUACAGCCUUUUCUUCCUCGUCAUCGAGCCGAUAUCUGCCCUCGUGGGGGCUUUCUUUGCCCACUUCAAGCCGGAGGUGUACCUUGAGCUUACCCACGCUGCGACGGCCCCCUCGACCCUUCCGCUUGGUACUGGUAUCGCCAUGUCCCAGCUUGCCAAUCUCUACCUAUUUUUUGCCUUGAACGAGGCGAUCGUCCUACGUGCCACUGCCGACCUCAAGGUGUGGUCGGCCGUUCUCUUCGUCCUGCUCGUGGCGGACCUGGGCCAUCUCUACACCGUUCGAGCACUGGGACCAGGCAUAUAUUACAACGUCGCUGGUUGGAACGCCAUUGACUGGGGUAACGUUCCCUUCGUCUAUUUCGGUGCCAUCAUGAGAAUAGCCUUCCUCUCAGGUAUUGGUCUUGGGAACAAAGCUGUUCCGACAAAGAAGCAGAAAUAG